CAUCUCGACCAAUCAUAGCGCUCGUUGUUGGUUGGUUGGACCUCUGUGUCAAGGUGGAACGACAUUUAUGAGAAAACAACACUGGGGGAACAGAGAAAAAACGAUGUCUUCUUUAGGAAGGGCCAUGGGUGUCCUUAGGGCCGGGACGCAGCUUCUUACACGUGGACCUCAGAAAAUAGUAACCCGAAAAGCUGGUGGUGGACCACACAUUGAGGCCCAGUACAGGCAAUUCCCACAGCUCACCAAGAGCCAGACGUUCCAAGCAGAGCUCCUCAGCAGUGCCAUGUGGUUCUGGAUCCUGUGGCACUGCUGGCAUGACCCAGACGCAGUGAUGGGUCACUUCCCAUGGCCUGAUGCAUCCGCAUGGACAGACCAGGAACUGGGGAUCCCAGCUGACGAUGAGGAAUGAGGUGCCCUCUACCCCCAGACCUUGUGUGUGUGUGCCCGGUCGUUACGAGUCUACCUGGUGGUCACAACGGUGUCCGGAGAGGCUUCGUUGUACAUAGACAAAUAAAUAAAAAUCUAUUUAUUCUGAAA